GUCAGAGAGCUUGUAGUUAGAAAAAGCUGUGAUCUGAUUACAAAGUGCUGUGUAUCAUAAAUUAAACCGUCAUUGUUUUUAAUACUCAAACUGCUUUGAAUUGAGAGCUGCAGCUGAUCUGAAUGUACACUGAGCAUGGAUGAAGUUGAUCAAUAGGCUGUCAGUUUGAAAUCCAUUGUUGUUUCUCCUCAGCUCUAUCUAUGGUGACAACUGACUUGCUAACAGAUGUGAAAGAAAAUGAAGACUAGCAGCUCGGGUGCAGAAUUAAAAGCAGAUCAGAAUCAGCAACUUGUUUCCCAUUGCAUGGCCUAAAUCUUCAGCUGGGAAUUGGACCACAAAACUCACUCCCUGAGCAUGACUUGAACAUGCAGAUAAGUGCAAAAACGAAAACAAACAAAAUCUCCACUUGUGCACCAUUUUGGGUCUGGGCAUCUAUUGCUGCUGAACCAGCCACUUCCUCCCGAAACAGGAACAGCCGCCCACGUAGUCGAAGGGAUGGAGGUAAUUCUCUAAUGGAUCAAUGAAAACAAAACGAUGACAAGUUGUGGUCAACAGUCCUUGAAUGUGCUGAUGGUUGUGUUCUUAUUGCUCUUGUCAGCAGCAUUGUCUGCACAUUUUCGUGUCUGUGAGCCAUAUACAGACUACAAAGGCCGCUACCACUUUGGUUUUCACUGUCCACGUCUUUCUGACAAUAAAUCUUACAUCUUCUGCUGUCACCAUAACAACACGGUAUUUAAAUACUGCUGCAAUGAGACAGAAUUUCAGACUGUUAUGCAGAUGAACCUAACGGGGAAUGCAGAUGGAUAUAUGCAUAACAAUUACACUGCAUUGUUAGGAGUGUGGAUCUAUGGCUUUUUUGUUGUGAUCUUGCUGGUACUGGACCUUUUAUAUUACUCAUCAAUGAACUACGAUAUUUGCAAAUUUUACCUGGCAAGGUGGGGAAUCCAGGGAAAGUGGAUGACACAGGCACAGAGCCGAUGGAUUAACCCUGCUCAGAAUCCAAGCCAAGUACAGACUCAGCCUCAGCCUCAGAUGUCACAGGCAGUACAUACUUUAAAAGGAGAUGCUUUGAACCCACCAUUGAUGUCUUUUCAGAGUUCAUCUGCCUGAAAACUAUAAUGAUGUGCCUCAAGAUGGGAGAGGUGGGUUUAGAAUGCAGCGAGCAGCUUUCAAGAGCCAACUAUCCAAGUGAAUGACAGAAAACAAACAAUUUGGCACUGCAAGAUGGAGUUUGGUCAAGACAUCUGACAAGAAUCACCUCCUAUCAACUUACAAAAACAAUGUUGAAAGAGUUCAGAAAACCAUCUGUAAGCAAUAUUUUAAUUUUAGGUCAAGAUUAUUAUUUUGAAAGGAGACAUCGUAUUUGAUGGAAAGCUCAAUACAGUGAAAUACAAGUUGCUCUUGCAAGAUCCAAGCCAAGGUGGACAAGGACAAGACGACAAACCUUUGGCAGAUCAACUUUCUUUGCCUCCCCAUCCAUCAAUUGCCAUUAGAGCCUAAUCUGUGUCAGAAUAAUGAAUGUGAGUUAUUCCAAAGUUCUCUGGUGAAUAUGUCACAAUAGAGUAGAUGCUGACAUUCCCCGUCACUGUUCCCGCAAUCACACCUCACAAUACAAAGGGACCCCUCGUCCAAUCAGAGUGCAGGGUAGUAGUCAUUUCAGUCCCUGAUUCUGGUCAUUUUAUUCACAGCAAUGAGACUGGCAUGACAUCAUGAAAUUCCUGAGCACAACAAGUCGCCUCAACUGUACCUGCCCUCCAGAGGAGGGUACAAAAAUUUAAAAAAGGACAACCUCUCCCCUUCCUCAACCUGAUAGGAAAUGAAAAGAAAAAUCCCUCAGAUUACAAUAGCAAUAACACCACUACUCCUCUGUUUUACAAGGCAAUAAUCCAAUCCCCUCAGGGCGAUAGUUAUUCAGCAGUUGAUUGGUCUCAUAAUUUAUCCCCCUCAGGAAUGGGAGGAUUGCUUUGCAAGCCAGAACAGCAAUGGGAUACUGAGUCACUGCGUGUUGCAAUAGCCUGACUAUUUUAUGGUAGGGAUUUAAUUUGAAGACAUACAAUAUAUUUUAUAUCAGGGUGGCCAAAUGUACUGACCCUCUGAGCCACAUAAAAUAAUCUUCAGAAGUUUGAGAGCUGGGCACACCUGCUGGGGCUCAGGGCUUGAGCAGGAGCAGGGCUGAAGCCCUGAGCCCCAGCAGACACCUCCAGCGAGACUAGAGCCCAGAGAUCCCCCUCUCCGCAGGGCAGAAGCCCCUAGGCCUACCACAGGACAGAAGCCCUGAGCUCCCCUCUCCCAGUCUGGUAGGUGGAGAACAGGGGAGGGAGGGCUCCAUGAACUGCACUUUAACUGUAAAAGAGCCGCAUGCGGCUCACGAACCACAGUUUGGCCAGCCAUUUUAUAUCAAUCAUUCCUGUGAAAUUAAGUCAUGCAGCAAGACAUAGUUUUAUACAGAGCACCUGGUGACUACAACCAAACAGAGGAAUUCCUCUGGAAUCACAGUACUCAACACAGCCACAUUAGUGCCAAACUAAUUCAGGAUGGCUAAUAUUAUUCCGACCAACACCAAAUGAUCUGACUGUGACUUAGCUGCAUAUAUUUGAGAGCAUCAUCAAUAGCAGGAACGCUUUCCAUGUCUACUGAGUAACACGAAGUCUUCUGUUAAAACUUCUUUGAAUUGAGAGCAUUUUUCUUUUUCUACUGAACAGCUAAGGGAUACAUUAUUACGGGACACUUUGGGCCAAGUUACGGCUACCUAGCAGAAGUGCAUUAGAUAGUGAAAAGGCACAGAGAGGUGUCUGUUCUGGAGAGCAGAAGCAGGGGAAGCCAGCCAAUCUUGCCUGCAGCAGUCCAGUUCUGAGAGGAGGCCUGCCUGAGGAGGACAGGGACAUCUCCAUGUCCCACCUCCUUGCAUGCCAACCAGUCAAUGCAAAGUAUCACUGGGGGAAGGGCAUGCUAUACCCAAUGAAAAGGUGUAGCAAGUGCUACAGGUAAGCGUGCUCCCCCUCAGCACCCUUGCAGCCAUUGGACUUGCUCCUGCUCCACGCAGAAUGCCUGCAGCAUCCCCUUUGUGAAGGGUACUCUGAUGCCCCCCUUCUUCCCCGCACGUGAUUCAGUUUGUAGAGCCAUACUAGAGCCUUUAAAGAUGUACUGUGGUAUUGUACAUGGUGGCAAAUGUACUAAAGGGAGUCAAUAUUUUUUAAAUUCUCAAUUCACUUUAAACCACAGAGCUUUUAGUUUUCUAAAAUAGCAUUUCAUGAUACCAUUCAAAGCACUUUAGUUGAAGCUGGGACAAUAAGAGCUCCAUCAAAGGGGCAUUAUAGAGAGUUUUCAGAUACUAGUACAAUACAGCAUUGGGUUUUUGCAAAAAUAGUAUUUAGCCUGAGCAAAGGGGCUGCGCUUGCAUGGAAGGGAGAAUACACACAGUAGAGCUGUGAGAUGGACGCCUCAUUCCCAACUUGCCAUAAAGGCCAGAAAAAUCAUGUAGCCAGAAGUAACAUUGAUUCUGGCCAUGCCUCUGUGAGCAACAUGCCUCCUUUUCUUUUCCUAUCUGCCUUCGCUUGCAAAGACCAACCCGCCCCUCCCCCCCGAGGUUAUAUCUACAACACACAGUCUCCUUGCACACGUUUUUUGCUACUUAUUCCUUUCCCUCCAUCACAGCAAUAACAUAGCAUUUCCACUGUUUAUGGACCUGACACACACACGUAAGGUAACAGCAGGAUCAAGUCUACCGAAGUUUGGGAACGAUUUGUUACAAACAGAAAUAGUAAGAGAGGCACUUAGCACUUCCAAGGAUCAGGCCUGCUGACCCUCUGAGAAUUGCAGGGUUCUUAGACCAGCACACUCUGUUACGCAUCGUUCACUGUGCGAUGCCCACCUCAGCACAACAGGCUGAAUUAAGGAUGGAAUAUCAGACUUCAAAGCCAACCUAGAAAUCAGACUUCUCCGUAAUAUUUUAACGACUAUAUAACUACAAGAAGCGUGUGUGCUUACUGUCAAUGAAAGACGAGAGAAAAGUUAUUUCACUAUUUUUUCCAGUUUGUUUACUUUACAGGCCUGACUGCACUUUGGGCUUCUCUGACCUUGAAAUACUAGUGCAGCGCUGCAGCUGUGUCACUGUAGUUCUGCAGAGUAGACACUACCGAACUCGACGGGAGGGGACGUCCUGUCAGCCAGAGUCAAUCCACCUGCCCAAGAAGCCGUAGCUAGGUUGAUGGAAGAAUUCUUCCGUUGACCUAGCACUGUCUACAUCAUGGGUUAGGUCGGCUUAACUAGAUUGCUCGAGGGUACGGAUUUUUCAGACCCCUGAGCCACUUCGCUAGGUCACCCUAACUUUUUAAGUGUAGACCAGACCUUUGUAUGUAAUCAGUUUCUCUGUUUCUCCUGUAGAGGCAAUUUCCCCUUUCAUUUGUCUGGAUCUUUCAUGCAAUGAGAGUGAGACUGUUAAAGAACAGAAGAAUAGGAUCGUAAAAAUCACAAAAGCUGGCCAAGGGACGCAGGAGUGAGUGAGCCUUAGAACUCACUUUUCUUAAAUUAAUAGUUUUCAGAUUUUUGGUGUCCCUUUAAUUGUAGCAGUCUCGAGUUUUGUCCAUUCAGGUCUCAAUUUUAGUAAUACUGAAACAAAUGUGUCAGAUACCAAUAGCAGUUUCCAAACUUCAGCUGAUUGAUUUUAACCUUGCAUAACAUAAAAUGGAUUCUCUGGGCUAGACUCUGAUCUUGAGCACCAUUUUACCCCAGUGUAACUCCAUUUACUUCAAUGGAGUCACUCUGGACUUACAACAGGGUGAGAAUCAGGCCCACAGCAAAUAUUAUCCAUUAAAAUAAAUGACUAUUUUCUGCAACUCGGCAACUUUACAAUCAACAGAAUUGUUUCCUGUACAUAGUCAUUCAAACGGUCUCCUUCAGAACAAGAAAAGCGAACUCUUCCUAAGUAUUGUUUAGAACUACCUAUUUUUAUUGUGAGGUUAUUGCCACCAUAGAGAUCUUUGUAAAAAGCUUGUGUUCAUGAAGGAAUUUGUACUAGAUACUGGUUUGUGUGUCUUACUGGAUUUUGUAAGGGUUUUUUCCCUUUGGGAAUUGUGUGUUAUUAAUGAGCAGUUUUAUGCUUUAUUUCUGGUAUGUGUACACAUUGUAAGUGAUGUGCUUUUUUUUUUUUAAAUCUCUGUACAGACAGAUUGAUAUUCGGUAGAUACUCACUGGCUGAAGUUUUCAUAUUGCCUACAAAUUUACACAUGUGGAUAAAUCCAUAUCAUAACAGAGGAACAAUAGUUCAUCUAGCAUCAGUUAAAAAAACCAGCUUAUAGCCUAUAUAUUGUACUUGAACAUUGGAUCUUGACUAAAACGAAUAUUAGUUCAGCCUUAAUCUAAAACAAAACACAUGUAUCACAGGUAAAUUUCCCCCCACUGUCCCCAUCUUUCGUAUUCUGAAGUGUUCGAAAAGCAAUGACUAGGUAAACAAUAUCUGUAAUAUAUCAGCCAUCAUCAAAUAAGGCUGUGCUCCAACAGUUCUCUACUUUUAGCUAGUGUAAAAUGAUUACAGCUAAAGCAAAAUAAAUUACACCAAAUUCUACAUUUACUUUUACCUUAAGAGCCUGAUUCACUCAGCACUUCUAAGGUGACCAGAUGUCUGGUUUUCGACCAGAAUACCUGGUGGAAAAGGGACCCUAGUGGCUCUGGUCAGCAUCGCCAACUGGGCCAUUAAAAGUCCGGUCGGCGGUUCUGCGGAGCUAAGGCAGGCUAGUCCCUACCUGUCCUGGCUCUACACUGCACCCCGGAAGAGCCAGCAGGUCUGGCUUCUACGCAGGGGGCCAUGGGGCUCCAUGCACUACCCCACCCCGAGCACCGCUCCACACUCCCAUUGGCCGAGAACCACAGCCAACAGUAGCUGUGGGGGCUGUACCCAUGGGCAAGAACAGCACGCAGAGGUGCCUGCUGUCCCUCCACCUAGAAUCUGAACUUGCAGUGCUGGCUGCAUCCAGGGAGCAGCGCAGACUCAGGACAGGUAGGAAGACUGCCUUAGCCCCCGCGCUGCAUCGUGGACCAGGAGCCACCAGAGGUAAUCCUGCACCCCAACCCCCUGCCCCAUCCCUGAACCCCCUCCCAAACCCAGAGCCCCCUCCUGUACUCCAAUCCCCUCAUUCCCAGCCCCACCCCACAGCCUACACCCCCAAAUGGAGCCCUCACCCCCCUGCACCCCACUCCCCGUCCCAGAGCCCCCUCCCACACUCUGAACCCCUCUGCCCUCCCUCCCAAACCCAGCAGCCCCCUCCUGCAUCCCAAGGCCCUAAUCUUCAGCCCCAGCCCAAACCCUACACCCACAGAUGGGAGCCCUCACUCCCUGCUCCCCAACCCCCUGCCCCAGCCCAGAGCCUCCUCCCAAACCCUGAACCCCUCUGCCCCACCCCCCCCAGCCUGGAGCCCCCUCCUGCACCCCAAACCCCCAUCCCUGGCCCUAUCCCAGAGCCCACACCCCAAUCCCCCCCCAGCCCAGAGCCUCCUCCUGCACCCUGAACCCCUCAUUUCUGGCCUCAGCCCCUCCCACACCCCAACCUACUGAAAGUGAGUGAGGAUGGGGAAGAGCGAGCCACCGAGGGAGGGGGAAUGUAGUGAGCAGGAGGCAGGGCCUCAGGGAAGGGCCAGGGUAGGGUGCUCAGUUUUGUGCAAUUAGAAAGUUGGCAAACCUAAGCACUUCUAAGGAUCAGGUCCACAAUAUGUUGGCUUUUGUUCAAAAAAAGAAAAAAAAGUAUUUUGUUUAUGCCCUUUCCUAUGUAAUAAUAUGGGGCACAAAAUCACUUUAGUAUGGAAGUGACUAAUCCCAUUCUAUCCCUUUGAAAAUGGACUUCUGCCCUUCUUAAUGUGUGUGGCGUUGUUCAUACUCUGAAGGCUUUAUUCCUUGUCUCUAACUUACUUUACAAAUUCUCUAUCAUUUUAUGUUUCAUUAAAAUGAUGUGUGUCUGACUUCCUAGUAAUUAAAUACUAUUGUAUAAAAUAGGACAAAAGAAAUUAGUAAAAAAGUCCAGGCCUUGUGUCACAUUUAUUCAUCUUUUAUACUUGGUACUGAUUGCACUAAAGAAACAGGAGUCCAACAGUUUGGCCUGUUGAUCUCAAAGUGUACUUAAGCUUAUUGGAGUGGCUGUUCUAAAUAAGUAAGUUUUUAUUAUGGCUGUAAUUUUUGAGGAGUCUCCUCAUAAAAAAAAUUGUGAGGUUAGUAAGUACACUUCAAACAGAUUUUGAAGCCAGUUAUGCAAUUCUAUUUAGCAACCAAGCUUUUACACAAAAGUUAGAAUAACUCAAAACACAAUUAAUCUGGAGUAACUCCUUCAUAAGCCUUGCAAACACUAUUGUAUAAAUCUCCAAUACUUUUCAUUCAUAAAUAGUACAAUACGAAUACUAGAAGACAUGGCAAUCGCAUAUUUGAAGCCUACAGUCAAAUUUUAGGUUCUCUAAUUACAAUUCUAGGGUUACAGUGUUUUUCUCAUUUUUGUUAAUACACUGAAAAUAUCACUUACAUGCCAACUGAUGUUUAAAUUCAAUAUGCGCGAGUGUUCUAUAAUUUACUAAUCUAGUUUUGGAUUUACUCAUGUCUUAUUGUUUGCUAAAUAUUCUGACUUCAUAUAAUGAAUCAUGUGGUCUUUCUGAAAUGAUAGCCAGGAAGUCAAAAAAAACCCAAAAUAUAUGUUUCACCCUACUAUUGAACUGCUUUUGUCCUUAUAUACAGUAGUUUUUAAAAAGAUGUCUUUAGGGUUUAAUAAGUGAGUGUAAUGUAAAAUAAUCCCUGUAAUAAAAUUUGCUUUAAUGUUUCCAAACAGU